AACACUGAACUGACCAAUUAGAGAACUCUUACUCUGUUCUCAGCAGAGGAAUGGCUGCACUCGCUUCCACAUUCUUCGCUUCCACUCCAAAACUCUCGCACUCUUCAACUGCCAAUUCGAUCCCCAAAUUCUCGCUCGUGAAAUCUUUGUCCCAAUUUAGUCGCCCUAAUUUGAUCGCUCCGAUCGUAGUUUCCGCUCUCCGCGACAAAUUUGUUCGAGACGAUUCAGCUUCGGAGCUCGACUCACACAACGGACUGAAGAAACUCGUGGACUCGUUGUUCGUGCUCUGUGCUUCCGUUGCUUUAUCGGCGUCUUUGUUCGUUGCCGAUGUUGAUUCGGCGUCGGCUUUCGUAGUUACUACUCCGAGGAAAUUGCAGUCCGAUGAGCUUGCUACAGUUCGUCUUUUUCAGGAGAACACUCCAUCUGUUGUCUACAUAACUAAUCUGGCUGCCAGGCAGGAUGCAUUUACAUUGGAUGUGUUGGAGGUGCCACAAGGAUCAGGAUCUGGAUUUGUAUGGGAUACGGAUGGUCACAUUGUUACAAAUUAUCAUGUGAUUCGGGGUGCAUCUGAUCUCAAGGUCACUCUUGCAGAUCAGAGCACAUACGAUGCAAAAGUUGUUGGAUUUGAUCAGGAUAAAGAUGUUGCUGUUUUGCGGAUUGAUGCACCCGAAGACAAGCUGAGACCAAUACCAAUUGGUGUAUCCGCCGACUUGCUUGUUGGGCAGAAAGUAUAUGCAAUUGGAAAUCCCUUUGGACUUGACCAUACACUUACAACUGGUGUAAUCAGUGGGCUUCGACGAGAAAUAAGUUCAGCUGCAACUGGUCGUCCAAUCCAGGAUGUCAUCCAGACUGAUGCUGCUAUUAAUCCAGGAAAUAGUGGUGGACCACUUCUUGAUAGUUCAGGGAACCUCAUAGGGAUAAACACAGCUAUAUACUCUCCUUCUGGUGCUUCAUCUGGCGUGGGCUUUUCUAUCCCAGUUGACACUGUAAGCGGCAUUGUUGAUCAAUUGGUGAAGUUUGGGAAAGUCACUAGACCUAUUCUGGGGAUUAAGUUUGCACCCGAUCAGUCAGUGGAGCAACUGGGAGUAAGUGGGGUUCUAGUCUUGGAUGCUCCUGCGAAUGGCCCAGCAGGCAAAGCUGGUCUUCUACCCACCAAACGCGAUGCCUAUGGAAGACUUAUUUUGGGUGACAUAAUUACAUCUGUUAACGGAAAGAAGGUCACAAACGGUAGUGAUUUGUACAGAAUCCUAGACCAGUGCAAAGUAGGUGACAAGGUUAUUGUAGAAGUACUGCGUGGUGAUCACCUGGAAAAAAUCCCUGUAGUCCUUGAACCAAAGCCAGAUGAAACCUAAGGUAACUUGUAAUUCUUAUGCUUUAGCUAUAGGUUGUAAAUUGUCCACCGUGGAGCUAUUGUCAUGUGGUAAAGCACUUUCCUAUGUACUUUACAACUAUUCUUAUCCUUGUGUAGGGUAUGUAUUUACAAUUCAACCUGUACAUCACUGGUUUGAAGUUGUGCUUGAAUUUUCUUGUAUUAGGUCUUAUUCAUGUGAAAAUUGUGAAGCUUUUCUAUCAUUAA